GCAUAUUUUAUUUACAUCAAAGCCAUUGCACUCUUUCUCUCACUAUCUUUCUCUCUCUUGAUCUAUCCCUUUUUUAACAUAAUAAUUAAAAAAAAAAGAGAGAGAGAGAGGAAAAAAGGAACAAUCUUUGCCCUCUUUCUCAAAGGAUAUCUUGAGUAUCUAAUUGAAAAUUGUAAUGGGAUGUUCAGUUGUUGCCCCCAUGAUUGAAAGGCUCUGAUUCUUGAUUGAUGGUUGUCUGCAUUGUUUGAUGACUGCAUAAAGUUGGGAAUUUAUGAUUUGGAUUUGGAGCUAGGGAGGAUAAAACAUUGAUUCUGGGGUUGGAGUUGCUCAAAGUUUUAUAUAUCUGUUGUUUUUAUUCGCUUUUGCUAUAUUGCGGGUUCAUUUGAGUGAAUAAGGAAAGAAAGUAGUAUGAGCUAUGGUGACCCCUACAUGGAGAAAGCUUGUACUGCCAUGUUGGAGGCCAUUAGUAGAUGAUGACGGAGAAAAUAGCAGCAAUAGAGGGUAUGAACUUAUUGGCCGUUCCGAUGGUUUGUGGUGGUAUAAAGAUUCAGGAUACCACGUCAACGGGGAAUUUUCGAUGGCAGUAAUUCAAGCCAAUACUGUAUUGGAAGAUUACAGCCAGCUCGAGUCCGGGCCAAUGAGCUCCACUGAGUCAGGUCCUCAAGGUACAUUUGUUGGAAUUUAUGAUGGGCAUGCCGGUCCAGCAGCCUCAAGAUUCUUAAGGGAUCGACUUUUUGAAAAUAUUAAGAAAUUCGCAUCAGAUGAUCAAGACAUGUCAGCUGAUGUUAUAAAAAAUGCGUAUUUGGCAACAGAGGAAGAAUUUCUUUCUUUGGUUAAAAAGCAAUGGGAAACUAAACCAGAAAUUGCUUCCGUGGGAUCGUGUUGUUUGGUUGGCAUUGUAUGCAACGGAUUUUUAUACAUUGCAAAUGCUGGAGAUUCCAGGGCAGUGUUGGGGAGACUUGAUAAGGCUGAGAAAGAGGUCAAAGCCGUCCAGUUAUCAGAUGAACACAAUGCAAAUCUGGAAUCUGUUCGGGAGGAAUUACAUUCGUUGCAUCCCGAUGAUCCUCAGAUUGUUGUUCUGAAGCACAAGGUUUGGCGUGUCAAGGGUAUCAUUCAGGUUUCAAGAUCAAUUGGUGAUGCCUACUUGAAGAAAUCAGAGUUCAAUAGACCGCCUUUGUUGCCAAAAUUCAGAUUGCCUGAACCAUUCGAGAAACCAAUCCUUUUGGCAGAGCCGUCAAUACUCGUUAAGGAACUUUAUCCUGAGGAUCAAUUUCUUAUAUUUGCUUCUGAUGGCCUGUGGGAGCACCUUAGCAAUCAAGAGGCUGUUGAACUCGUCAGCUGCUCUCCACGAAACGGCAUCGCCAGAAAACUCGUCAAAGCUGCAUUGCACGAAGCAGCAAAGAAAAGAGAAAUGAGAUAUUCGGACCUGAAAAAGAUUGAUAGGGGAGUGAGACGACAUUUUCACGAUGACAUCACAGUGAUAGUUGUAUUUCUAGACUCCCAUUUGGUUACUAGCAGUCCAUUUGAUGGACCGAUUCUUUCAAUAAAAGGAGGUUCAUUUACCCCUUGAGAUGCCAACACAUGGUACAAUCCUUCUUACAGAACCAGAAGGCUCCGUGUUUCGUUCAGCCAAUGGGAAAAAGGAACAUAUGCAAGCAUGUCAAGGUGAUGUUUGGCAUCUCAAGACUCUUGAUAAUGUUAAUGAUUAUGCCAGGAAGAUGCCAAGGGAGCAUCGCUUCGAAAUUUUUGCUGACUGGCAUAUGAAACAGGGAUAGUUACCAGGUGAUGAACAGGGGACAGUGAUUUAUUCUCUUAAGAAUAAUCCAAAAAGUUUCUUCAGAAUGCUUGUGGUUCCUUCUGUCUGUUGAUCAUCAUCCAGAAUUCCAGACAAGUACACAUCUCAGAUUUGGUUGAAAGACUAGAUGCUCUUGUUCUGACAAUCUAAGCUCAUCGUGGCUGGAUUUCUUGACAUUUGAGUAUCCAUGGAGUUUAGUAGAAUUGAGGAUAGCCAGUUUCUUUGCCUGAACUGCUAGUACUGGUUAAUACAUUGAAGUUGAGUUCUUUUUGCCUUGGGCAUGAGCCACAAACAUCAACCUUUCUGACCACCAAAAUACAUGAAAAUGCAACAUUUCAUUUGGAGUUUCAGAUUUCAAGUCCAUAAAUGUGGAUUUGUGUGUGUGUGUAGACUGUGAGAGCCGUCUGAGUUGUAUCACCAGAAUUUGCAGCCCCAGGGCAUGAUGUAAUAGUAACAAGCUGGUUUUGCCACUAGCCACCUGUAGAAGACCUUGAAUAUAAAACUAGAAGGCAAAUCUUUGCAUUGUCCAUAUAACAAGCUCCUGUUUGAAAUGAA